CAUAAUCCGAACCCCCGCCGCAUCUCUCUCUCCCGUCGGCGGAAACAAAUCUCCGGCCAAGCAAUCACACUGCCGCACCCUCUCAUCGUUUUCAUCUCCCAUUCUCCCUCUCCGUCGCUGGCGCUCACAGGCCUCAGUCGAAGACUCAGAGUUGAUACUUCAUUUAGCCCUAACCAGUCUCCUCCGACUUGAAAACCAUAAUCAUCUGCUUGGACAACGCUUUUGGUUAGAUUCGGUGUUUUGAUUUUUUUUUGAAUUCCUCAGCUUUUGGGUGCGUAGAUGUUCACUGCAGCAAGUGUUGUAAUGGGGAUCAAGUCAUCCUCAAGAAUCUACGCGAACCUUACCCUCACCCCUACAGUGUCCCAAGUUCCCUAAUUGACAUGGAUUAAGGAUCCAAAUUGAACUCGCGAAAUCGAUAAUUCCAGUUCGCCCAUCAUAGAAUCAAUGUUUGAGAAUUCAAUGCGAGGCUGGUUUUGAUUGCUGAUCUGCACUUGAAUCGUUGGAGCUCUCGCGUGUCAUGUGACGGUGUGUAUAACAAAGAAGAAUCGACAACUUGGUCUAAUACAGGGAACAGAGUCUCUGCUGAUGGCCUUUAGAGGGCGGGGACGUGGGCGUGGAUAUGGGGGUGGUGGUGGCUUUCGAGUUGCUAAGCAGGAGCCGUUCAUACUCUUCCCGGAUAUUUCUGAAAAUCUCACCGAUGCCAAAACUGUGAAUGAAGAAGUGAACUUAGCCAUCUAUGGUUCGAGGUUGCAGAAAUUUUGGAAUUCCCUUUAUUAUUUCGACGAAGAAAAGACAGAGACCGUUGGAGGUCUUCUGAGGAAUGAAGCUGGGAGGGUUGAAAGAAGUCGUAGGCAAUCUGGGGAACCCUUAAGUUUGACACCUGAAAUCUUGCCCAUUAGAAGGGACUUCCCUCUGGAAGCAUUGACUUCUUUUGAAAGCUCUGACAGCACAAAAGACCAAAGCUUUGACAUAAAAAGGUUAUCUGAUCUAGGCAAGAGAAGAGGCAAACCAAAAAAGGAACUUCCAAAUACUAUUUUGCGUACUUCUGAAUAUGUCCCUGCAGAACUAGCUAGAGUUUCAAAGCUGGAGCAGCGAGGCCAAAAGAAAGUACGAUGGAAUCCAGAGUCAGGUUUGAUGAUAACAGAAUGUCUUGAUUUCAAUUACAACUAG